AUGGCCGAACAACAAACGUAUAUGUUGAACCCAACCCCUCGCUCUGCAGAAGUUGGAUCUUUUCUUGUACGACUAGCAUUGUGUCCAGUCUUCGCGGUGCUCGGAAUUGUGUUGUGGCUUGUCUAUCCUUCUUCGCAGAAUGGUACUUCGCAACCGGGUAAUGGCACAACUCUUGUCAGCCUGCCUUCAGGUUCUAUUUUUGAUCAUACACAUCCCCAAGGAUUAAAUUCGACCGUGGCUAUUCAGUAUCUACCGAUAAAUCUGGAAGAUCCCCUUGCUAUCAGCUUAGUCUGCAUCCUGGCUAUUGCGACGGGGUUUGCCUAUAUCAUCAUCCAAGCACAAAGGGUGGAUAAGACUCGCAAGCUGGAGUCCAGCAGCCGAGAGGACUAUCACAAUCGUUCUUGGAACACGUCCUUCUCACAAGAGAUGCAGGAGGCAUGCCGAGAUGCAGGCCAAGCCGACAGAGUCAUGGCUUUUUUAAUCUUCAGUACGACCGGCCUCUUUUGUCUGGCCGCCUGGACCUCUCGAAUCCUAGAUGGAGCGUUUGGAAAGGCUGUGCCGCCCUCGAGAGAGCAAUUAGAAGAACUCAGCGAAGGAAUCGGCGGAAGUUUGGUGCUUGGCGCCCAAAGCUUGCCUUGGAACUACACACGAGAGGCUUGGGUAUGUGGUUGGAAAGAGAGGGUUCUCGAUCCUGCAGCAGCUAGCCAAUUCAGCACUUCAUGCACGAGGAUUGUGAGUAGCCCAUCCGAUGAUGUCCUCUGGUAUCGUUUUGUGUUGCCAUGCUGA